AUGUCGGGGGACUGGGAUGAAGACCUGUGUAAGAAGGCGCUGGUGUUGGUGGAGGAGCUGUGUUUCCGCUCCCCAAGAGGUUACAGCCAGAAUGAACGCUGCGAGGAAUUCAGCUACCUGAUGAGAGGACGCAGACAGCCGGACACAGAGAUCUCUGUCAGUCUGCUGUCAGUCAUCGUGACAUUCUGCGGCAUCGUCCUCCUCUCCGUGUCCCUCUUCGUCUCCUGGAAGCUCUGCUGGCUGCCAUGGCGGGACAAGGAGGGAGGAGGCCUGAGCCUGACGUCGGGGUUGCUGCCCGGAAGCGCCGGCGUCGGAAGCCUCGGAGGAGCCGGGGGAUCGUCGCUCUUACCCCCGCUGCUGCAGAGGAAGGAGGGCCACUCCUCGUCCUCGCUCUACCCAACUCUGGGCCAGCAGGGACAGCAUCACCCCCAUUUCUCUGACCUGGUGGGGCUGGAGAGGGGGGAGGUCGGAGCUGUGGUCGGGGGGCCACAUGAGACCCAGGAGCCCUCCUACCUGGACAUGGACUCCUACCCUAACAAUGCUGGAACUCUGAAGCUGAGUCAGACGUCUCCAGAUGUUCCCAACUCCGAGGGUGGAGCCCAUCCUCAAAAGGACCUGCCCAACGCUCAUUCCCAGCAGCAGGUCACUGCACGGCCCAAGCCCAUGACUCACCAGCUCUCCAGUCCUGAUUUCCACGGUGAAGAGAAGGAGCAGGUAACCUGCAUUGGGCAGAUAAAACCGGAGCUCUACAGACCCAAGGGCGACACGGGUGAGGGCAAACAGGGCGACAACUGCGGCAAGAUCAGCUUCCUCCUGCGCUAUGCCUUCAACACGGAGCAGUUGGUGGUGAAGAUCCUGAAAGCUCUGGAUCUGCCAGCAAAGGACGCCAACGGCUUCUCAGACCCGUAUGUGAAGAUUUACCUACUGCCAGACAGGAAGAAGAAAUUCCAGACCAAGGUCCACAGAAAGACCCUGAACCCAGUGUUCAACGAGACGUUUCAAUUUGGCGUGCCGCUGAAUGAGCUACAUUCCAGGAAGCUUCACUUCUCUGUCUAUGACUUCGACCGCUUCUCCAGACACGACCUGAUCGGCCAGGUAGUGGUGGACAACCUGCUGGACUUCAGCGAGGGCAGCGGGGACAAACCCGUCUGGAGGGACAUCGUGGAGGGGACCGCGGAGAAAGCUGAUCUCGGGGAGCUUAAUUUCUCGCUGUGUUACCUGCCCACUGCAGGCAGGCUCACUGCUACAGUCAUCAAGGCCACCAACCUCAAAGCCAUGGACCUGACUGGCUUCUCAGACCCGUACGUGAAGGCGUCUCUGAUAUGUGACGGGCGCAGGCUAAAAAAGAGGAAGACCUCCAUUAAGAAGAACACACUGAAUCCAACGUACAACGAGGCGCUGGUGUUUGACAUUCCCAAUGAAAACAUAGAAAGUGUAUCCAUCAUCAUCGCAGUGAUGGACUAUGACUGUAUUGGUCAUAACGAGGUUAUAGGGAUGUGUCGUGUGGGCAGCGAAGCUGAAGGUCCUGGGAGGGAGCACUGGGCAGCCAUGCUGGCCAAUCCACGCAAACCAAUAGAGCACUGGCAUCAGCUUGUGGAGGAAAAAGCAAUCGGUACAUUUGUGUCAAAGAGUGCAACAACACCCUCCCCUAAGCCGCACAUCGUGGUGGACAGUCCUCACUCUGAUUAA